AUGCCUGUACUCAUUAAGGAUCGCCACAGCCAGAUCGUAGCCGAGUUGCAAGCCGUGGAGAGUGCCCCGGGGACACUGAAGGCGCAGGAAGCCUAUUUGUCAGACCGGUGCCACGCGCUGGCCGAGACGCGCAGGGGCUUGGAGCAAAUCAGGCAGAUCACGCAGGUCGAGCGCGAGCGCCAUGAACAAUACCGGGACAGUACGGUGCGUCGGCUCCUGUACCGUGCCACAGGCAAACGGGAGAAUUUUGAAGCCAAGGCCGACCGCGAGAUGCACGAGUUCUACCGCGCUCGGGCCGAAGAGAAUCGCCUGAAUGCCCAGCGUCAGAUGCUCGAGGCUCAGAUCUCCGACGCGGUCCGCGGGCAGAAGGCUCUGCAGGUGGCGUGUACCAAGCGGAGAUUGCUGCAUGCGGAGCUCGAGGCCCUGUACUGCGGCAUCUUCGACGGUCCGACCGAGGAACUCCCGGAGGAGGACGAGCAGGAGGAGGCGACCAGGGCUGCCCGUACGGCGUAUGGGCAACGGAAAGAACGUUGGAGCAAUCUCUGCCAGGCUACCCAGUGCCUGGUCAGAGCGCAGACCACCGUCAAGGAGGCGGUGCUGGACCUUUACGAGAGCCUGCAGCAUUAUGAGAGGGACAUGUGGGGGUUUGGCGCAUCCAUUGCCACCGAUUGGGAGCAGCAGAACCGUCUAGCAAGAGCGCAACAGAAGGUUGGUCAAACGCAGAUGCUCGUCACCCAAGCGAGGCGGCUGGAUCGCGAUGUGCAGCCGCUGCCAGCCAUGCAAAUCGUGCAACGCGACAUGAUCAGCGGCCUGAUAUUUGGUACGUUCUUGUUCAACGUCAGCUUCCUCGACAUGUUGCAGCAAUUGCUUCAAAAUGUACAAAGGGCGGAGCAAGCCCUCGCGGUGCAACUGCGGCGGGCGAAGUCCCGAAAAGCCGAGAUGCAGUCGCAGGUGGCAGACGCGCAGAGGACCUUCGAGAUCGCUCAGCAAGACCUCCGACGCAUUCGAGAAUGGCUAUUCACAAAGGCUGCUGACCCCCCAUCUCCGUAUUCUGAACCGUCGUCUUUGGAAGUUGAGUCAUUUCAAUUUGCUUGA